AUGCUGACGCUACUGUCUGGCUCGGACAGAUCAAUAGAGAUGGCACGGACAAAGGGAGAGAAGAAGCAGCGCUCUGCUCUGUCAGAUGUCGUCACGAGAGAGUACACGAUCCAUCUGCACAAGCGGGUACACAGCGUGCAGUUCAAAAAGCGCGCGCCAAAGGCAGUCAAGGAGGUCGUCAAAUUCGCGCAAAGCACGAUGGGCACUAAGCUCGUCCAGAUCGACCCCACGCUCAACGCUGCCAUCUGGCAAAAGGGCGUCAAGGAUGUGCCCCGACGAAUCAGAGUGAGACUGUCGAGGAAGCGAAAUGACGACGAGGACGCAAAGGAGAAACUCCUCACCGUCGUCUCUCACGUCUCUGGCGUGACAGACUUCAAGGGUCUGCAGACUCAACUUGGUCGUCGAGGAAGAUGCAUGAGCUGCUGCAAUCUUUUGUACUCAUUCCUGCAUGUCCUGUCGGCCUGCAUGCUAUAUUCAUGCCAUGGUGUGCGCUUUGAGAGGUGUCGCAAGGCAUGCAGAGGAUUACAAUCGUAG